GUCUUCAAGUUUGUAAUAACUUUGUACAAUGUAACGUUUUCUCGCGUAUUUCUCCAAAUAUUUAAGUUGCGAAAAGGUUUUCCCAAUCAAUAUUGAGAUAUUGAUUUUCGCUUCAAAGUGCACCCGUGCGUUUACCGCAUCGGUUUUUCCGCGUUUGCACAUUACACGACACAAUACUCCAGACGUAGUCUCAAGUGAUUUCAGAUACUGUUUCACGAGCGUACGCAAAAGAUCUCGAUUUAAGAAAAAAAAUGAAACUCUUAACGCACAAUAUGUUGACCUCAAAGUGCUUGAAAGGUGUGACAGUCGGCUACCCUCUGGGAAUUGUGGCAAAGGACAUCAAAGUGUCUGAGGUAGAUUUUAAUUCUGAAUUUAUCGCGAGAAUAAUACCGAAAUUAGACUGGGACACACUAUGGAAAGCAGCAGAGAGUAUAGGACACGUCGGUGGAUUGCCUCAAACUUUGGUACAAGACUUUGAGACGAAUGAAGACUUCUUGAAGAUGGUGCAUCAUGUUUUAUUAGAAGUUGAAGUUAUAAAUGGAGACUUACUGUGUCCAGAGUCUGGAAGAAAGUUUCCAAUCAAUGAUGGUAUUCCGAACAUGCUAUUAAAUGAAGAUGAGGUUUAGGAUUCGUUAGAAUAAAUUUCAACAGAUAAUUUACGUGCAAAAUUUGAACUAAUCUUUGUUAUGCAUUGGAAACAUUUUGGGGAACUCAAAUUUUAAGUAUUCUAACAACUUUAAAGAAAAGCAAAAUUAUGGAAACUGAUAAAAUUUAAUAGGGUAAUGUUAUAAGGUCAAUUUGCAUUAAAAAUAUUUGUUGUCCCUAUAUGAUUUAAGUUAUAUCUGUUAAUGCCAAUGGAAUAGAAGUACGAAAACCAAAAUAUCUGAAUUUAAUAAAUCUUGGAAUACCUUAAAAA